GAACAUCGAGCCAGCGAGCAGAAGCGGUUGUUUGGGAAGUUUCUGGACGUAAACAGUGAAACACUAACGUAAACAAUGUUAAAGUCACACCUGUGUGCUGACGGGGUUUAACGAGAGCCUCGACGUUAAUGUAAAUGAGACUUCGUUACAAAAAACACGUGUCGCUGAAAACUUUUAUUUUAUCGAGCUGUGUUAAGUUUAACAUUGCCUAUAAGUGAAAUACGACUAGGUAAUUGUGUAACAGACAAGUUGGCGACUAAAUCAUUUAAGACCGCCCAAUCAUAUUCAAUGUAUUUCCUCUUUUAACAACAAUCUGUCCAAACUAACAGACGAUACAGAGACGAUCUGUAUUCUAUUGGGCUAACCUAAUCUCGUUGGCUAGGUCAAGGUUUUACGAUUAUUGUAUCAUUGCCUGCUUCACACUGCCGAUGUUGGCAUCCGUUCACUAUGGGACACCAGGUGGCAGACAUCAUCAUGGCCCAGGAGACCAAUCAGAGCCCAGUCCCUAUGCUGUGUGCUAAUGGAUGUGGUUUCUAUGGCAACCCUAGGACUAAUGGCAUGUGCUCUGUGUGCCAUAAGGAGCACCUGUCAAGGCAGAACAAUGGAGGAGUCAGUACUUUGACUGCUCUUGGCGGCAACAGUGGCUCCUUAGCUGAAGCGUCUGCCAUCCAGAGGUUAGAGGCCACCUUAAAUAAUGCUGUCGCUGCUGCUGAGGUGGCCGCUGAAGCCGCUGCCUCUGCUGAGGCUGCUUCCGCCAUGGCUCUUAGUGGGGGUUCAGCUGCCAUGUCUGUAACGCAGCAGUUGACUGAGAUGAGCCUCUCCUGCGAGGAGAAAGGAGCAUCGGGGAGCAAAGUAGAGCUCACAGAGCCAGUUUUGACUCAGCCCACGUCCUCGGCCUCUCAUCCCUCCACUGCUGGCAGUGAGCAGUCUAAAGACCCAGAGCCCCAAAAAUCCAAGAAGAAUCGCUGCUUUAUGUGUCGCAAAAAGGUUGGCCUUACAGGUUUUGACUGCCGCUGUGGGAAUCUGUUCUGUGGACUUCACCGUUACUCGGAUAAGCAUAACUGUCCGUACGACUACAAAGCGGAAGCUGCUGACAAGAUUCGCAAAGAGAACCCCGUGGUUGUCGCCGACAAGAUCCAGAGAAUAUGAAAAGGACUCUCAGUUUGACUUUGACCACUGGGAUCUAUAGGCUUUAUUAAAAAAAAAAAAAAUGGACUUGAGCCCGACCUUCUUCCCGAAGGACCCGUUUGUUUUUUCCCCCUCGUUUGUUUCACAUUCAAGAUUUUCUCCCCCCUUGCAUGAAAGUUCACAUCUUUUCAGCCUUCAUUCUUGUUUUUGUGUGCUUCUAACACUUUUUUAAAGGGUUGUAUAUGAGGGGAGGUGGGGGUCCAUAUCAUUGGAAGUGACUGCAGGAGGUUGCUGAUGUAGGAGUCGUUGUGCCGACUGUUUUGUGACACAACCCGCCCGAGAUCGCUUGAACACUGCCUGAAAAAGGGCUCGGACCCUUGGCCCUGUUUGGACUCCAACUUUUCCUGCUGUUCGCUGAUGAAGCCGUCUCAGCCGUGCUUGCUCUCUGCUGGCUUGAGUAGCAAAAUGUUUUUGUUUUUUUCCUGCCUCAUCUGAACUCUGUGAGGUCAGAGUUUAGCCCUCCUUACUGGUCAGACUGGUGAGUUAUCAGCCUCAAAUGCUUCUUUGUGCCGCUGGAAUCUCACCUCCCACCACCACACAGUGCAGACACACAAAAGAAGAAGACUUUGUUGCUAUCCCUUUCCUGCCAGCUGGCUCGUAUUCCUGCCCUCCUGCUGUGUUUGUGUAUGCGGCACGAGAAACGCACCGUAGGUUUCACGAUUUACUUUUUAUUUUCUCCCGUUGACCGUGGGCUGAAUGCUGUGACGCGCUCGGUACCCUGGGAUCUGACUAGCAGGCACGCCAACGUCCUGCUUUGUUGGUCAUAACCAUCCACUGAAGUCAUUAAAUGUUUGUCUCCCUCCUGCCUCCCAGUGGUCUGUAUGCUGUGUGUGACAAGUAGCCUAAACUUGUAUUAAUUUUUGCCUUUGGAAGGGUUUAGCUCCACUAAUAUUUCAUCUUUUACUUCACUAUUGAAUGUUUUCCUCUAUUUUUAAUGUGAGCUGACGAAUUAAAAAAGAAAAGUUGGA